AUGAAUGGUGAUAUUCAUUUCCAUAAUAUCAACUUUGCCUAUCCAACUCGAUCCGAUAUCUUAGUUUUACGAAAUCUUACUUUGAUGGCACGUGCUGGUGAGAUAACAGCUUUAGUCGGUUCAAAUGGAUCUGGCAAAAGUACAUGUAUUUCACUUCUGCUUCGUUUUUAUGAACCUUUAUCUGGUCACAUUACAAUUAAUGAUCAAUCGAUAACCGAUUGUAAUAUCAAACAACUCCGACAAAAGAUUGGUAUAGUUAGUCAAGAACCUAUUCUCUUUGCUACAAGUAUCUAUGAAAAUAUUCGUUUUGGUAAAGAAAAUGCAACAAGAAUUGAGAUCGAAGAAGCAGCAUGUCAAGCUAAUGCACAUGAUUUCAUUAUGAAAUUACCUAAUAAAUAUGAUACAAUCGUUGGUGAACGUGGUGUUCAAUUGAGUGGAGGUGAAAAGCAACGUGUGGCUUUAGCUCGUGCUCUUGUCAAACAACCAGCCUUGCUUUUGUUAGAUGAAGCAACAAGUGCUCUUGAUAAUGCCAAUGAAAAGAUUGUUCAAGAAGCACUUGAUCAAGCUUGUAAAGGUCGGACGACUAUUGUGAUUGCUCAUCGUUUGGCAACAAUUCAAAAUGCACAUCACAUUUAUGUGUUGCAUAAUGGACAUGUUAUCGAAGAAGGAACACAUGAGAUACUGAUGUCACAAGAAGGAAGUCGAUAUCACGAGAUGAUGAAAGCUCAACAGAGAGAAAAAACAGAAAAUGAUAUCAAUGAAGCAACAAGCGUCAUACAAAGAGAAGAUGAUGAUCAACAACAAAUAUCUCAACGCUCUCGAUGUUGUAGUGAAAAAGAACUUGAAGAUGGAGAUAAAUACACUGCUUUUGCUAUAUCUGGCUCAAAAUUAACAGAACGUAUUUGUACGAAAGCUUUUGCACACUAUCUACGUCAAGAAAUGGCCUUCUUUGAUCUUGUUGAAAAUAGUUCUGGAACUAUUUGUAAUCGCCUUUCGUCCGAUGCAUUAGCUAUUCAGCAGAUGUUUAAUUUACAAUUAAAUCUUUCUAUUUGUCAAUCAGGUCAACGUGUAGCUCUUAUAGGGGAGUCUGGUUGUGGGAAAUCCACAGUUAUUCAGCUCUUGGAACGAUUCUACGAUCCUAUACAAGGUCGAAUAUAUCUCGAUGGUGUUGACAUUCGACAACUGAAUAUCCAAUGGCUUCGCUCAUGUCUUGGUCUUGUUAGUCAAGAACCUAUCUUAUUUGAUUUGACUAUUGCUCAGAACAUAGCAUAUGGUAGAGAAAAUACUUCGAUUGAAGAUAUUAUUGAUGCAGCCACCAAAGCUAACAUUCAUGAUUUCAUUCAGCAGUUACCUCAAGGCUAUGAGACCAAAGUAGGUAUGAAAGGUGGUCACUUAUCAGGUGGUGAGAAACAACGUAUUGCUCUUGCUCGAGUUCUUCUUCGUCAACCAAAAAUUUUGCUAUUAGAUGAGGCAACAAGUGCCAUGGACUCAUACAAUGAACAGAUUGUGCAAGAAGCUCUUGAAAAAGCUGAAACAGAUGAUCCAACUCGAACUUCACUGAUCAUUGCUCAUCGUUUGUCGACUAUUCGUUCAUGUGAUUUGAUCUGCAUUCUUGACAAAGGAUAUAUCAUAGAAAGUGGUACUCAUGUAGAUUUGAUGGAACAACGUGGAGUUUACUAUCAAAUGGUUAAAGAAUUACAAGUUAUUGAAUCAUUAUCAUUAGAACAAUUAAGACAACUGCUUGAUAUAAUUAAUGAUUUAUACAAUUGUCAUGUUAUUCAUCGUGAUAUAUGUCCACAAAAUUUAAUGUUAGAUUAUGAUACUAAUCAUAUAAAAUUAAUUGAUUUUGGUUGUGCAAUUACAUAUGAUAUUGAUGAUAAAGCGGGCAGCAUAGAAACAAGAGGCACAACUAUAUAUGCUGGAUUGCAAAUAUUAGAUGUUCUUGCGGGCAUAUCAUGCGACUUAACUGUUGGCGCAUGUUACGCAUAUGAAAGAACAUUUGAUUUACAAUGCUCAUUAAACAUUAUAAUAUCUAUGAAUAAUAUUGAUAUUAAAGAAAAAAUUUAUUCAUUUGAAAUAUUAACGGAUACUCAUAAAACACAAUUAAAAAUUUUACAAUUCUGGAAAGAUACUCAACGAGAAAAUCAACGUUAUUCCAAUAUAUUGAAUUUAACCUCUUGGAUACCGCUGUCUUCAGGCAGAAGACAAGCAGAACGCAAGAAUUUUUUUCGUUUUGUCGUAUUGAUAAACAGCUGUGAAGCGAAAUGUUCAGUAAUACGGCUGUAUCAAAACAACAAAGUUUCGACUUUUUCUAUAUUUCUAAAUUUAAAAGAAUGUUCUUGA